CGCAAAGCAUACCUCUCACAAGUUGAAGGGAUGGGCAGCCUUCCAGUGGUCCUGCUCCUGUGCAGUUUCCAAGCGCUCACAGCUGUAGUCCAAGCCCAGCAGAUUGAGAUCACUUUCCCACCUCUAACCAGUGUCUUUCCAUCCAACUGUAGGGAGGAGAUGUAUUGUUGCACCAGGUUAUACUCAGUUCACAAGCCCCUCAAGAGAUCUGUUGACGGUCGUUGUAUCUACAGCCUCAUUCGUGUCUACGUGAUCAACAAAGAGAUCUGCACAAGAACAGUGUGCCAACAGGAUGAGUAUUUGCAAGCUGACCUGUGCCGAGAGCUGUCUGGGUGGCCCAAACGUGUUGAGAGGUCAUCUAAUAGGAAACGGUACCGCUAUCGCCGUAGCAACCCCCAGACUUGGGCAAACAAGGCCUGAUGGGCCCAGUGUGGUGAUGUGAUCGCCGGUGGAGAUGGAGCACCUUAGAGACGCAAACUAGGGGUGUUGCCAUAAAACAACCCAUAACACCGUAAAUCCACUGUUCAACACCUGGGGGGGCUCUUGUUUCUCUUGCAUGCACAGACAGGUGCUGAGUUAUAUCUUUGUUUAUAUAUUGUAUGUACUGAUGGACACAGAUCAUGUCUUCCAUGGGUUAUGAUCCAUUUACUGUGGUAAUGGGCCUCUAGCAACACUGAGUCAUUUCAUUGUAGAAAGAAAGACCCACUGUGUUGCAGAUCACAAGGUACCCACUGACAAUCCAGUAUUACAUAUGCACAAUUGUAUCCAAUAAAAUAUAACUACGUUUGUUCACAAGAAGAGGCGCUUAUUGAUUUCUUCUUUUUCAGAGAAAAAAACAACAACAAAUGAAAGCUAUGGUAAUUGAGUGAUAUCUUUGUUUUUCUUUGCAUAUUCAUUUACAUACACAUAUACAGUUUGAAUAACAAGUAACAUCUGGGAGAAAUGCAUCAAGUUUGAACAGUAAACAGUGACAAAUAUCGUUAGGGUUUUCUACACAGUCUUUCUGUCAUCUUGUCACUGCACACCUGUCACGACACAGGUGCAUGUGAGUAUAACAUGAUCCAUGUCUUGGUAUGUAACAACACAACAAAACAGUGUACUGAACGUAAACUGGCUUGGUUUCACAAUCUUGCAUCAGAAGACCAUGAAUGACAUUACAUCUUGACAUGGAACUGAAGUUCACAGUUAAAACUAAUCUGUGCAGUAUGACAUGCUGUGUCUGAGAUGGACAACCUGCUCACCGCAUCAUAAAGAAUUAAGAAGGAGGAGGUCUCUGACGGGAUGGUGCAGAAACACAGACCAAAUCGCUGAUCAGGAGAGUGGUUGUGAACUAUGACUCCCCAUUCACAGCUUUAACAGUUGUGCUGAACAGAAAUGACGUAACAUGGAUUAAAUUGUGGCCGAUUACCCUUGAGGCAAUGAUAAAAAGCACUUGAUGCCUCACUUUUUCACAUUCAACAUUUCUACUUUCUUGUGUUUAUACACCGAUUUGCAGUUAAACCAAUUCUCACAGUGCCCUGGACCCGUCCUUUUUAAACUCUCUUUUCAACAGCUGCAUCUCAAUUUGACUUUUGCUCACUCCAAAUUAGAAUGAAGAGUCACAACAGCCCACUAGAGAGCGGUAGAGAGCACAGCGACUGUGUAAAUCUGUUACAGCUUAACAUCAGUCCUUCAAGUAAAAUCAUUUUGUAGUAAACUUCACAUUAAUCUAAAUUUAAUAUUAGACUAUCCCUGCCUUAAAUGCAGAUUUUGUGCAUUACUAACUACACAGACAGACUGGACUGCCAGUCAGUGCAUAUAGCCAGUCCCUCUGUUGGAGACUUGGAGAAAAAUAACCUAGAGUACAUACAUGUGACAACACUGAAAGCAAUAAUUACAAACUACUGACAAUAUAUACAUUUAAAAUAAAUAUCCUCUGUACAUAAAAUUAACUCAUUGUUAUAUUUCAUCAUCAGAUGUUUCUGAAUACGUCUCCAUCAUAUUUCUAUUAGGUAUACUCUGUGAUAUAUAUUAGCAAAUCAAACACUGUAAGGAGAAGGAAAGGGGCAACAGCAGAAAGGAAACUAGCGAGCUGGACUGGAUAUACAGAAGGACAGGAAAUGGGAUUAUAAAGACUGUGCUGUGAGGUUGGGGUGUAUCUCAAGUUAAGAUCAGAAAAAAAAAAGCCAAAAAAAAAAAUUACAAAAAGUGCAGCAUAAAUAUACAGA